AACAAUUCAUUUGUGUUUAAUCAGCUGUUGAAAUAACAUCGCAUAAAAUGAGUGCUGUAUUUGCAUUUAGUAUUACGGUGAUGAUCGUUUUCAGUUCGGUUUAUGGCAAUCCAUACGGUUCACAUCACGUUCCAACUGACCAAUAUCAUAAUUAUCCAAAUGCGAAUCAUCAAAAUGCGAAUUAUCCACGCCAAAUCAAUGCAAAUACAUUAAAACCAUCAAGCGACUAUGAAAAUUCACGAUUCGAAGAGUUUUAUCGAUGGAAGCAAAUAUCAUACCGACCACUCGAGAAUGAGUCGAUACUUUUUGGAUUAGCGGACAGAAGGCUUAACGAUUUAACGGCAAGUGAUAUUCGUGAUAAUUACAUUCCAUAUAAUAAUCUGCCAAUGGGGAUGAUGCAUCAUCCUCAAUCACAACGGAUAUUCAUCACUUUGCCAAGACGUCGAAUUGGAAUGCCUGCCACGAUCACAUAUGUUAGUUCAAAUGGUGCACGAGGAAGCAGUCCCAGUUUACAGGCCUAUCCAUCGUUUCGGGCCAACGAAUUACAUCCGCAAAAUCAACCAGAUAGAAAUCGCAUUGUUUCGGUCUAUCGCUCACGAAUUGAUUCAUGUAACCGACUUUGGUUCGUUGACACUGGAUCUUUGGAAUAUCCCGGCAAUACGAUUCAAGUACAACCGCCGUCAAUUUGGAUCUUCGAUCUUACCACUGACCUUAUGCUUCGUCGUUUUGAAAUACCUACGGCAAAUGUGCUUGACGGUCAUGGUAUCGCCAGUAUAACGAUCGAUAUUGACGAAAAUAGAUGCGAUGAUGCAUUUGCCUACCUACCCGAUUUGGUGAAUUAUCGCUUACACGUUUAUAGUUUGCGAACCAAUCAAUUUUGGACCUUUUCACACAAUUACUUGCAUCAAGAUCCAUUACGUGGUGACUUUGAUGUGGCCGGCGUACAAUAUCAAUGGAACGAUGGUAUUUUUUCAAUUCAAUUGAGUGCACGGAAUGCAGAUGGUUUCAAAACUGCCUAUUUUCAUGCAAUGGCCAGCACCUCUGAAUUUGAAGUAUCAACGCAAGUGUUGAAAAAUCAAACGGCAUCAACGCGCUCAAAUCAUGGAAGCGAUUUCAAAUACGUAGGUCAACGGAGUACAGUCGGUCAAUCCGCAAUGCAUGCCUAUGAUAAGAAUACCGGUAUAAUGUUCUUUUCACAAGUGUCUUUAAACGGCAUUGGAUGUUGGGACACAACAAUGCCAUUAAAUCCAGACAACUUACAUUUAAUCGCCCAAGACAAUACAACAAUGAUCUAUCCUUCUGAUAUCAAUAUCGAUUCGGAAGGUGUUAUUUGGGUGAUGACCAACAAUUUACCACUUUAUAACUACGCUACAAUUGAUCCAAAUGAGUUUAACUAUAGAAUAUGGAGAGCACCUGUUCAACGUGCUAUACGCGGAACACCCUGUGAGAUUCCAAUGUAUACAGAAAUGCAAAAUUCCGAUCAAAUUGCGACAUAUAAUGCUGCAAUUUAUUUCUUCGAAUCCGAUUUCAGAGCAUUGGUGGCUCUUCUUUUGUUGAUCAAGAAAAAGAGAAAGAGUCCACAUAAAUUAUACCGACAAAGAGCCGAAGAAGGUGCUCUCAACAUUUUGAUUGACCGACACUUGAUGGACGAUGAAAAAAGUUCAAAUAGUAUUUUCGAGUCAGCUCGAUUCUUUUUUCCAAAUUAUAACGAUGGCGUCUUAUUUCCUGAUAACGAAUAUACAUCAAAUGUACAACCCAACUACAUACCAACCAAUGUAAUCCCGAUUGGAGUAUCACAUUAUAAGAAUAAAUUAUUUUUAACAGCUCCCAGGCGUCGUGUAGGCGUUCCAUCAACCCUAAACUUUAUUUACACCAAAUCUUCAAAAGGAUCUAGUCCAAGCUAUAGACCCUUCCCGAAUGCUGAAAUAAACGAAUUAGAUCCAAACCUACAACCGAAUCCAAAUAAAAUUAUUUCAGUCUAUAGAACUCGGGUAGAUGACUGCAAUCGACUGUGGUGGAUUGAUACGGGUAUUCUGGAAUAUCCAAAUAAUGCAACUCAAGUGCAGCGACCUUCUAUCUGGGUUUACGAUUUGGAGAAUGAAAAAGUUCUUCAUCGCUUUGAAAUUGCACAAAGUGUUGUAGAACGGGGAAAUGGUUUGGCUAGCAUAACAGUUGAUGCUGACCCAAAUAAUUGUCAAAACACUUAUGCAUACAUACCAGAUUUGGCAACGUAUCGUUUAUAUGUAUACAGCUUGAGUCAAAACCGCAUUUGGACUUUCCAGCACAAUUAUUUCCAUUUUGAUCCAGUUCAUGGCGAUUUUAACAUUGAUGGAAUUCCCUUUCAAUGGGACGAUGGAAUUUUCUCAAUAACACUUGGAAAACGAAAUGCCGAUGGCUAUCGAACAGCUUACUUUCAUGCAAUGGCAAGUGUAACAGAAUUUUCGGUAUCAACGAAAGUGCUGCAAAAUGAACAAAAUGCAGGCAGAUCAAAUCAUGGAACUGAUUUCGAAAUCGUUGGACAAAGAGCACCAUUUACUCAGUCAAAUAUGCAUGAUUUUGACAAAGAAACGGGCGUCAUUUUUUACACGCAAAUUUGGCCAAGUGGCGUAGGCUGUUGGAAUACAAAAAAAUCCCAUGUACAAAACAAUUUCAAACUACUCGCUCAUAACAACCGGACAAUGAUCUACCCAAGUGAUAUAAGUGUCGAUCAAGAAGGGAAUGUAUGGAUGUUUACAAAUACAAUGACGAGAUGGAUCUACUCUCAGAUGAAUUGGAAUGAGUACAAUUUUCGAGUUUGGAAAGGAAAUGCACGCGAACUGGUAAAAGGAACGCAGUGCGAACGUGAUCACCGAGGUUAAAGUGAUUACCUUGGAUCGCCAACUUGGGGGGCCGGAUCGCAUAUAGAAUUUAUACUUUGUAUAAACGCAGACGCAACAUAUCCGUCACUGUUCGCUUUGUGCUGCGCUCAAUAAAUACAAUGUAUGUGCGAGCGUCUCUCAAUACACGGUCACAUGCUUCAUACAUAGUGAACAGCGAUGGAUAUGUUGCGUCUCCGUUUAUACUUUGUAUAUUUAUACUGCCUGCGUUUUUUAUGCCAGUAUAAAAUUAAAUUAUACGCGACCCGGUCCCUGGCCAACUUCAGAAGAUACAAUACAAUUUUGAUCAACUAAACUACUUCUUGUUAGUGAUAUUUGCGAGUCAGUUUUUUUAUUUCUAUUUUUUACAAUUUUUUUUCGUUUUUCAUCAAAAAUUUCGAAUUUAAUAUUGUCAAUAAAUUAAAUAAAUGGAGCAAUCAAAUAGUAAACUUA